AUGUCUACGCAAAAUCCAUUGAUUUUAAAAAAGCGCAGUAAUAUAUGGAAUCACUUUACACUUACACCAGAUAAUAUGGCAAAAUGCAAUUAUUGUAGUAAAAAAAUAAGUAUUGCUGGUGGUUCUACUGGUAAUCUUAUAAGGCACAUGAGGACCAAACAUAUAUCAGUUCCACUACAAAGAUCAAAUCAGAUACAAGAAUUAAACGCCGAGGUUGUAGAUGAUCCCCAACCUUCAACAUCUGUUCAGCCAGUUCCAGUAAAAUCUACUUCAUCAGUAGUAAAAGCUCCAAUCCCCAAUCAGUUGCCAAUGACACAUUUUAUCCAAUCACAACGUCCUCUGGCUUUAAGUAAGUCUAAAGCAAUUGAUCAACAGCUUAUAAAGAUGAUUGUGAAAGAAUAUCACCCAUUCAGUAUAGUUGAAGACAGUGAAUUUAGAAAACUGAUUAAUAUGUUGUCACCCACGUAUAUUAUUCCUUCGAGGAAGACUGUUUCAAAUAGCUUACUACCCCAAAUGUACGAAUCGGUAGUUCAAAAGGUUAGGACUCAGUUACAAAAUGUAUCCGCUGUAUGCUUAACCUGCGAUGGUUGGACAUCGAGAAACAAUCAAAGUUUUUUUGCAGUAACCGCACAUUUUAUAGAUCCUGAAAAUGAUAUUAAAUUAGAAAGUGUUUUGUUAGGUUGCAGAAGUUUUCCACUGAGUCAUACCGCUGAUAACAUUUCUGAAUUUAUGAAAGAUACUGUGGCUGAGUGGCGAUUGUCUGAUAGAAUAUCUGCAGUAGUGACUGAUAAUGCAUCAAAUAUGAAGUCUGCUAUUGAUAAAUGCAAUUGGAGGAGAUUAUCGUGUUUUGCACAUACAAUUAAUUUAAUCGUACAUAAUGGUAUUGAGGUGAUUGAGUCCAUUGUAGAUAAAGUAAAGGAUAUUGUAUCAUUUUUUAAAAGGAGUUCACAUGGCUUGGCAAAGUUGCAGGAAAUGCAAAAGCAAACUGAUUCUCCAAUUUUAAAACUUAAGCAAGAUUGCCCUACUCGUUGGAACUCCACUUAUGAUAUGCUUGAUAGAUUCUUAAAAAUUAAAGAGCCAAUUAUUGCCACUUUAGCUAUUUUAAAUUAUAGUCAGAUUAAUCCUCUCACUCCUAAUGAUUGGAUUAUUCUUGAAAAGUCAAAAGAUCUAUUAAAAAUAUUUUAUGAUAUCACAACUGAAAUAAGUGCUGAAAAAUACAUAACGAUUUCAAAAGAAUUAAUUUUUGUAAAUGCUUUACAAAAGUAUACAAAAAGAUUUAUUAAUGAUGUGACCUUACCCCAAGAAGUUUUAAACAUGGCAGCAAUUUUAAACAAACAAUUGUUUAUUCGGUUUGGAAGGUUAGAAGAUGAUGUCCUAGUAGCUCAAUCUACACUAUUAGAUCCCAGGUUUAAAAAACAUGGAUUCAUUGAUGCUCGAAAAUGUAAUACAGCCAUAUCAGAGUUGCGCGAGAAACUGCAGAGUAUACGGACCGUACAAGAUGCACUUCCACAGCAAACAUCAGCUUCUUCGACAGCACCAAUUCCAAAUGAAAGCUCUGACAUAUGGAAAGAGUUUGAUCAAACUGUCACGAAUGUUAUUGGUGGACAUAAUACAGGUGCAGCUGGGAUAAUAGAACUGGACAAAUAUUUAAACGAAGCAUUAAUCAAUAGACAUGAUAAUCCGUUACUUUGGUGGUCUGAAAGAAAAAAAAUUUAUCCACGGAUGUACGAACUUGUAAAACGACGUCUAUGUUUAAUGGCAACAUCAGUGCCCUGUGAAAGGCUAUUUUCAAAAGCCGGACAAGUGGUCACUGACCGCAGAAGUAGACUGGAAUCUAAAAAGAUAUCACAAAUUUUAUUUUUAAAUCAUAAUAUGUAA